AUGGCCCUCGGCCUGCUCUUCUUCCUGCUACUCCUGGGGACCUUGCUGGCGUAUUUCCUGAUCCCACGGGUCCCAGAGGUAGCCUACAACAACAAGAAGACGUUUGAGGGAGACAGCACGACCGGGUUGAGUUUUGAGGCCCUCGAGCCAGCCUGGUUUGCCUUCUCCACCCGGAUCAACCUUGCCAUCGCCUCUAAGACUUCUUCCUUCCGUCCACACACGAACACCAUUAAUGUGGUCGUCAAGGACCUUUUGUCCGCCCGAAGCCCCAUCAAGUUCGCCAGAGGAUCUUCUCUGGUAUCUUUGUUUGCAUAA